GUUUUUUGAUUAAAUGAAACAAAUAAUUGUUUUUGACAUCACUUACCACAAGACAUCUUAUAAAGACAUUUGUGUUGAAUAUUAUCACUAAAUAUGAACACAAGUGGUACUCAUUUGGUGCUUAUUAUUGACUUCAGUGGCAACAGUCGACUACUGACUGAUUCAUCAAUUUAUUAUCAAUGGUUAGACUCAGUAAUAUCCUUCUGUAACAGUCAUCUAUUAAUGUCUUCACUGAACAACUUGACUGUCAUCGGAAGCAACUCUUUUGAGAACAAAGUAUUAUAUCCGAUGAAUGAGAUCAAUGGACAAGUGGUCGAUACAAGAAAGAUGUCUAAUGAAGGACAGUAUGAAGUUUUUCAUCGAGUCGUUCAAACCGUUAAAUUCAAUGUGAAGACAAUGACUGAAACGGUCAGAGAUUUAUCACAAAGUGGUGCCCAUAGUAUCAGUUCAUCACCACUGAUGAGUGGCGCCAUUGCUAUGGCUUUGUGUCACAUAAAUCGUUUUAAAGAUGACUACAAGUGCUCGAGGAUUGUUAUAAUGAGCUCAACCAGUGAUGAGAGCAACUCUUAUGCCUCUCAAUACAUGAAUUUCAUGAACUGUUUCUUCGCCGCACAGAAGAUGUCCGUAACGAUUGACGCCUGUAUUGCUGGCGAUGACAGCUAUAGUCAAACGACAUCUUUACUACAACAGGGAUGUGAUCUGACAGAUGGCACAUACCUUAAAGUGCCAAACAUUGCCUCAUUCCUCGAGUAUCUACUUUGGUGUCUACUGCCCGACGCCGAGACUCGCACUAAAUUGGUAUUACCUGUACGUCAAAAGGUUUCCCAUUCAGCCGCUUGUUUUUGUCACCGAAAUAUUAUAGACACGGGAUUUGUAUGUUCCGUAUGUUUGUCUAUAUUUUGCACAUUCAGUCCUAUUUGCUCGACAUGUCAUACGAUCUUCAAAUUGGGACCAAUUCCUCAACAGUUCAAUAAAUCCAAAAAGAAAUUGAAAGUCAAAUAA